AUGCUUGAUGCAAGUGAUGUUUACCGAAUAGCAGAUGAGGUGAAGAAACGCGGUAAAGAAGAGUAUUUAGCCACCAAACGUUUGGUUCAACGAAUACUUAACAUGAUCCAGGAACAAUUUCAUCGCAAAGUUCCGCGUUUUUUUUCAAAGGAUGAACUCCUCUGUUCGUUGGGCUUAAACUUUACAAUUGCUCAUGGAAACCAAUCAUAUGGCUCUCCAAGUUCAUUUUCAAGGUUAUAUGAUUACAGCACCGGAUAUUUGCAAAAUAAUGGUCAGAAUCAGCGUCAAAACUAUAAGCAAAGCCUGGAAGUAUUUAGCAAUAUGCCGAAAUCAGAUCGAAGAUUUUUAUAUGACAAGAUAUUAAGUAGUAAAUCGUCAACAAUUAACAUUUACUCGCAUUUAAAUACUUCAUUUCAAGAGGAGAAGGUGAAAGGAGCUAAAAAAAAAGAUGUAGCUGAAUGUACGGUCUGGUCGAGGAUGAUAACAAUCGGAUAUGGUUAA